UGUCGCAACAUUGCCAACAACAAAACGCUGCAAACGCGCUCCCUGCAGGAGGCUGGAUACGCUUUGGGAAUAUUCAAACCGCCGGAUUAUUGUCACGCUUUCACCCGCCGGGAUUAGUUUUUGAUUCGCAAACAUGAUUCCAGAGGAAAGCUUUGGCUCCAUCGAGAACAGGAUGCAGACUGUAGGCCUGGCUUUGGAGGAGUUGUUGGUAACGGCUCAGAAACAAGACUGCCUGACUGUUGGCAUCUAUGAAUCAGCAAAACUUCUCAAUGCUGACCCAGACAGUGUGGUUCUGUGCGUCCUGGCAGCCGACGGUGAAGACGACGUGGCGCUGCAGAUUCACUUCACGCUGCUGCAGUCCUUCUGCUGCGACAGCGGUAUCACCAUCCUGCGAGUGUCGGGGGUUCAGCGGCUCCAGCAGCUGCUCGGAGCUGUGGAUGCCAACAGAAACCAGGAGGAGUGCGGCGACCUCCACUGCAUGCUGGUCACGAACCCUCAGGCAGACCACUGCAGACUAGAAGAAGUGGGGAGCUACUGCCAGGAGAGUCGACGCCUCGACCAGUGGGUGCCUGAACUAGUUCUGCAGGAACGCUGAAGGGUUUCGCAUUCACAAAAAGGACAAAAGGAAAAAAAAAAAACGCAGGAGCUUUCCGGGUCCCGAUACUGGUGAACUGAAGGAUCUUCGUGCUCAAGCAAGGAUGACCUGCUGUGAACUCGGUGCCAGUCCGACGACGGCGAACUGAUGAUUGGUUUCUACAAUCUGUGUUUCGUUCACAAGAUGCAGACAGGAAAAAAAAGCACAUUCAGGCUGCACGGUUUUCUCAGUAAAACACAAACUAUUCUGUUAAGUGCUUCUGUUUGGGUACUCGCAUUGUUUAUGGGGUGUGACACCGAUCAUUAAGAGGAGUAGAAGCUUUGAAAGAAACAUGUCCAUACCCCACCUUGUACCUGGAAGACUUGUGUGUUUAUUGACUCAACAGGAAUGUUGUAAUGGGUGAAACUGUACCCGGCAUUCCUGUGUGUUCCGACAUGGGAUAGUCCCCAGAGAGCAGGGGUGUGUAUGAAUGUGUGGUAUUCAUAUACAAUGCUCGUGUCCUUCUUUAGGAAAGACUGGUUGUGCAGCGUAUGCACUCUAGAACUCGGCAGCAGAACCUGCAGAGCAAUCGUCACCAUGGAAACUGCAAUGGAAAAGAUGUUGAGAGUUAAAGGCACACAGGACUUAUUGGCAUUGUAGGGCCAAAAACAAACAGAACAUGACGUCUUUUGGUUGGGAUUCAAGUUUCAGGAGGAUACAGAACGAACUGUCUCAUGUGAACGUCCCGGCUUUAAAUGGUUGUGCUGAAAAUGAAACCACAGGUCCACAUGUUUGUGCCUUCAAGAGUGCUGCCUAAUGACUAAUAUUAUGUGGCUACACUGUUUAAUUUAUUUAUUGUUUUUGUAGCUAUUUGUGGUCCAUUUUGUGCUCUGUUAACUAAGUCAAUAAAUUAUUAUAUUCAUUAA